GACUAGUGUCAAAUAUUAACUGCAACACAAACAGAGCAAACAGAAUCCGAGUAAACACUCCCUGGGGGCCGCAAAGAUGAGCUUUCACAUACACUCUUACAACACACACUCUUACAACACACACACAUACACAUGUACACACAUAUCCACGUACAUUUACUCUCAGACACAUACACAACACACUCAGUCAUUCACAUGAACACAUACACACUAUUGUGUUCACAUGCACACUCGUACAAUAAGCAUGCAAACGGCCGUGCAUGCACACCCACACACACACUACUUACCCAGGAAGAGUAACUACAGCAUACUAAUAGUAUAUAGUGUAGAUGGGGAAGAGUAUUAAAGGUAUCAAAAAUUAUAAAUAUUAUAAAGAUUGACCACUGGUCAUGUCCAGUUAUGUUGGUACAGAGACAAGAUUGGGGUGAGUUGCCAGCUCCAGCUAACUCAUUGAUCCCACUCUGUGAACUCCUGGUCCGUGGUGGGGUGGGAUCCAUCCACCCAUGCCAAACCUAAGCUCCCCACCAGGGACAGGCCCCCAUAUGACAGGGGACCUCUCUCUUUCCUCUGAACUCCAAGCCAGGACAGCUGUUUGGACUUGAGUCCAACCUCUCUCUUCUUCUCACACUCUCCUCUCUGUCCCUCGUCUCCCCCUGAUGCCUCCCAAAGGAGCAGAGAUCCAUCGCACUGCCACAGACUUCAGCUGCACGCCUUCACUGUGGACAACAGUAACCUUUAGAUUAAGCGGGUGUUCCCAGAGACUGACUGUGGAUCAGCUGUCCAGAUGAGAGAGUGGAGUGAGUCGGAGAUGACCAUGUCUGCCGGUGGUUACCUCUCUGCCUCUGAUGGAUAUGGCAUCACCGAGCCUCUGCAGUACUACGAUGUGCUGGGGGACCCUUUGGGCUACCCUUUCCAGGAGCCAGACCUACAGGGCCUAGCCUUCAGCCAGCAGCAGUACAGCCCCAUCAAUGUGCAGUUCUCUGUCUACGGACCGCCGUCCUCCCAGCCCUUCCACCCACCUUCCACCCACCCCUACAGCCCCCACUGCCUGGACACUCCCUGCGAGCCCAGCCCGGAGCCCCAGUGUGGAAGCCUGGGGAAGGGGCGAGGUGGGGGAGGUUUGUCCCUGGUCAAGAGGACCAGGCUGGGUCCAGGAGGAAGGGUGAGGGGCCAGGAUGAGCUGUGUGUGGUGUGUGGGGACAAAGCCUCUGGCUACCACUACAACGCCCUCACCUGUGAAGGCUGCAAAGGUUUCUUCCGAAGGAGUGUGACGAAGAAAGCAGUGUACCGGUGUAAAAGUGGCGGAGGCUGUGAGAUGGACAUGUACAUGCGGAGAAAGUGCCAGGACUGCCGGCUGCAGAAAUGUCGUGCUGUGGGCAUGCUGGCUGAAUGUCUGCUGACAGAGGUGCAGUGCCAGUCCAAAAGGCUGAGGAAGGGGACCAAACACAGAGGAGGAGGGCCUGAGGAGGAGGAGAACAUGGGGAGCAGAAGAGUCAGCUCCACCAGCAGGCUAUCAGGACAGGUAGUGUCUGCAAAUUUGUCAGUAGAACAGAAGCAUGUGCUGGACAGGAUGGUGGAGGCUCAUCGGCAGUACAGUGCGCAGGACACUACACACUGUAGGGUGUUUGAGUGGACUUGUACGGAGGUUGGUGGAGACAGACUAACAGACAUGGCAUGCCCUCCCUCUCAGAGGCUGCUGCAGUUCGCCAAGAGUGUACCUGGCUUUGAGCUCCUGGACUGCUCGGACCAGACCACCCUCCUCUCUAGUUCAUCUGUGGAAGUCAUGUUUCUGCUAUCAGCUCAGCAGUUCACCCAGAACCCAGCAGCCUCUAGCCCAGCACUACAACCUUUCAACAUCUCAACUCAUCAUUGGCUGAAAACCUUAGAGUCCAAGGAAAAUAUUCAUAGUGGGACCGGCCCUGUAAACUCAGGAGUCAAUGAGGACUUGCUAGGACCGGUGCUCAACUUCUUCCACAGCAUGGCUGCAUUGGGGGUGACAGAGGCUGAAUAUGCCCUGCUCACUGCUACAGCACUGCUAUGCUCAGCAGACGAAGCGUCGCUGCGGGCGGUGGUGUGUGUGGAGAGCUUACAGGAGCUGACCAUGGAGCUGCUGUCCAGGGUGUGCGGAGCCCGGUAUGGAGCCCAGGGCCCUCAGGGAGCCCAGCGCUUCGCUCGCCUGCUGGGGAGACUCACAGAGCUGCGCACGCUACGACACAACCACCUCACCCUGCUCCGACAGCAGCUCUGGGACAGUCAGCCUUGAGACAGACACUGAGUACGAAGAACAGAGAUAGAACAGAGAGACAGAGACACAAACAAAUGGUUUAAAUAAUCUACAUUUUGCUUAAUGUUCAAUGAUUUAUCAAGUUUGUACCAAACAAUUUAAGGUAACACUAUGUUAUGUUUAUAAUGAAAAAUACCAAUACCAUUCUUCUAAGUGAUUGGUUUCUACUGUAAAGUUUGAAUCAUCGACCGGUGUUAAACCAAAGUGAGUUUUGUUAUAUGGAGAACACAUAAAAAAGUAUUUUAUCAUACCUUGGCAGUCAUCCUAUUUGUGUUGAUUUCAUGGUGAAGCGGAAUCAACCACCUGGUCAUUAUACUGCCACACAGUGCUCUGGUAGGUCUGUUACACAGUGUUUUCUUGGAGUUUAAAGAGGAAGUUUGUUCAAAUAUAAAUGUUCAUGAUUUUACACUUACCUGGGAUGUUUUGGGUUGACAGUAGUAGCUUGUCAGACUAGUGCAAAACAGCAUUGGUAUCAAUUGCGGCUCACAUCAGAAAAAAUGUUAAUACACCUUACAGAUACCUCAGUUCUAUUCUAUGCCCCUGUGAAAAAGCUGUCACUAUUGAUCACAGUUGACAGCAGUAAAGCAUAGUCGAGUAGAAAUACAUAAAACAUACACACUGAUAUUGUUUGAUGGAUUCUAAAGUACAUAAAGUAAUAAUUUCCUUUUCAUUUUGUGUUAUGAAAAACAAAAAUAAAGAGAAUGAACAGGGAUUAAUAAAAUAAUCACUUAAAUAAAUUCCUUUAAUCUUUAUGCGCAACUUAAUAUUUUGAAUACUCAUAGUUAAGUAAUAGUUAAGUUGUCCCCUCUGUUCAUGGUAGUGUCCAAAUGAAUAACUUAAUUCAAGACAUAUCUACAUGAAGAGAAGAACCAAAACCAUGAGUACUACUUUUAAUUUGUGACUUUGUUUUAAUAGCAGAUGUACUAUAUUGUUACCUUUUUGUGUUUUGAAGUUGUUGUAUGUGUUUAUAAAUGUAUUUCUAUAGUUAUA